AUUUGCUGCGGAGGAGGGACGACGAUGGCAACGACGAUCGCGGUCGACGAGCUCAACCACAAGGUACUCGACGAGCAGAUCACGCGCCUGCGCACCAACACGCCGGAGAAGGGCAUGCUCUCGGAGGUCGAGGUCAUCGACCUCUGCAAGAAGGCCAAGGAGAUCCUCGGGAAGGAGUCGAACGUGCACGAGGUGCGCUGCCCCGUGACCAUCUGCGGCGACAUCCACGGCCAGUUCUACGACCUCAUUGAGCUCUUCCGCAUUGGCGGCCAAUGCCCGGAUACCAACUACCUCUUCAUGGGCGACUACGUCGACCGCGGCUACUACUCGCUCGAGACCGUGACGCUGCUCGUGGCGCUCAAGGUGCGGUACCCGACGCGCGUGACGAUCCUUCGCGGCAACCACGAGUCGCGCCAGGUCACGCAGGUCUACGGCUUUUACGACGAGUGUCUCCGCAAGUUUGGCACGGCCGCGGUCUGGCUCACCUUUAUGGACCUCUUUGACUACCUCCCGAUGACCGCGCUUGUCGAGAACAAGAUCUUUUGCAUGCACGGUGGCCUCUCGCCGUCGCUCGAGACGCUCGACCACGCCCGCGCCGUCGACCGCUUUCAAGAAGUGCCCCACGAAGGCCCCAUGUGCGACCUCGUGUGGUCCGACCCGGACGAGCGCGGUGGCUGGGGCAUCUCUGCCCGCGGUGCUGGCUACACGUUCGGCGCCGACAUCACCGAGCAAUUUACCCGCGCCAACGGCCUCAGGUAGACUCGUCAGUCGCCCGUCUUCCUCAUAUUACACGAUGAGCGUAGCUUUGUCGCACGUGCCCACCAGCUUGUCAUGGAGGGCUAUCAGUGGAUGCACCAGCGCGGCGUCGUCACGAUCUUCUCGGCGCCCAACUACUGCUACCGCGUCGGCAACCAAGCCGCGCUCAUGGAAGUCGACGAGAUGUUUGCGCAAACGUCGGGCGAGAAGGUCUACGACGCGUGCAAAUUCAUCCAGUUUGACCCGGCGCCGCGCAACUUUGCCGGCUCGUCCAAGCCGCGGGCGCCCGACUACUUUCUCUAAGUCGUCAUACGAAUGACGACGCUGGCUCCACUUGAGAUGACACUAGAUUAUUAUUCUGUAGCCAAUAUACAUCUUUUGCGAUAGGACA